AUGUUGAGACAUGGCUGCCAAUCUGGCCUUCGCACGAGCCUGCCUCGCCAUGGUCUCUUGAUUGUGCCUCGUUCAGGCUCGAGACUACGGCGCUACGCUUCGGUAGCAGAUGGAGCGUCAACUUUGAGUCCAGGCCAGCAGAUUCAUGGGUUUACACUACAAGAGGUUAAGAAUGUGCCAGAGCUUCAUCUCAAGGCCUUCAAGCUAGAACAUGACAAGACUGGGGCAGAGUAUCUGCACGUUGAAAGAGAUGACAAGAAUAACGUCUUCGCUAUUAAUUUCAAGACGAAUCCAAUCGAUCGGACUGGGUUGCCUCAUAUCCUUGAGCAUGUCACGCUAUGUGGCAGCGAGAAGUUCCCGGUCCGGGAUCCCUUUUUCAAGAUGCUUACGAGGUCCCUCGCCAACUUCAUGAACGCCUUUACAUCCUCAGAUUAUACUUCAUAUCCAUUCGCCACUACGAACCCUCAGGACUAUCGCAAUCUCGCCGAGGUAUACCUAGACUCGACAUUUCACCCCUUACUGAAGCGCACCGAUUUUCUGCAAGAAGGCUGGCGACUAGGUCCGGAGGACCCGCGAGAGGUGGCGACCAGGGACAAUGUCAUAUUUAAAGGCGUUGUCUACAACGAGAUGAAGGGACAAAUGUCGGAUGCCAGCUACUUGUUCUAUGUGAGAUUCAGAGAGUAUUUGUUCCCUUCAUUGGAGAACUCUGGAGGUGAUCCUGAGAAGAUGACAAACCUCACCUACGAACAGCUAGUCAAGUUUUCGCGUCAACACUACCAUCCCAGCAACGCCAAACUUUUCUCCUACGGCAACUUUCCACUUCUGCCUCGUCUAGAAACUGCCAACCAAGUACUAUCCCAGUUCGACAAGAUCAGUGCCGACCAGGAAGUCAAGCCUUCAAUCGACUUGAGCAAAGGUCCUGUUACAUAUCAAGUCACAGGACCGCUUGAUACAAUGCAACCCCCAGACCGGCAGGUCAAGGCCUCAGUUACGUGGAUGGGCUGUGAACCUGCCGACACUGUCGAAUCGUUUUCAAUCAGCAUCAUGGUCGCCCUGCUCAUGAACGGUUACGGAUCACCCCUGUACCAAGGACUGAUAGAAUCCGGCAUUGGCACCAAUUUCAGUCCCAAUACAGGAUUCGACAGCGCAGCCAAAGUCGGAACCCUUACGAUAGGCUUAGAUGGGAUGAGCGCCGAGGAUGCCGCAAAGCUUAGAAGCACUAUUCAGAGUAUCCUUCGUGAAAGAGCCCACGAAGCUUUCGUACCCCAUAAGGUCGAUGGGUAUAUGCAUCAGCUUGAAAUCGCCUUAAAGCACAAGACCGCGGGUUUCGGAAUGGGUCUGAUUGACAAGACCGUGCCCGGCUGGUUCAAUGGCGUCGACCCGAUGAAAGCACUGGCUUGGAACGAAAUAGUUGACGCUUUCAAGCAACGCCUUCAGCAGAACGAAGGGUAUCUGUCCAGCCUGGUCGAGAAGUACCUCCUCAACGACGAAUGCAUGGAAUUUUCGAUGAUUCCAUCCGCAGACUAUAAUUCGACCCUUGUCAGUCAGGAAGAGGUGCGUCGUGUCAGCAUUUUAGCAAAGCUCGAAUCAGAGGCAAGCUCACCGGAGGCGGCACUAUCGGAGCUGGGCCAGCAAGAACUAGACCUAUUGACAGAGCAAGAAUCAGCUGCGCACAAGAACCUCGACACGUUGCCAACGCUCUCUGUUGGCGAUAUUUCGCGAACCAAGGAGAAGAAACCCCGCUAUCAUUCCAAAAUCGGAGAUGUUGACUGCUUGUGGCGUGAGACAUCGACUAAUGGCAUCACCUACUUCCAGGCUAAACACAUCUUGAAGAAUGUGCCGUCGGAUCUGCGUCUGCUGUUUCCACUGUUUACUGAUGCCUUGAUGAGACUGGGCACCAAGAAUAAAACAGUGGGAGACAUUGAAGCUGAAAUUAUGCUACGCACUGGUGGGAUCUCGGUCUCUGCUUUUGCCAGCCCAGAUUCUCAGGAUAGCAGCAAGGUUCAAGAAGGAUUCAUGAUUGACGGUUACGCCCUUGACAAGAAUGUACCUGCCAUGUUUGACCUGAUCAGCCAAGUCCUGUUGGAAGUGGACUUCGACAGUCCCCAUGCUGCAGGAGCCAUCCAGGAACUUCUUGAGUCGAAGACAGCGGGUGCGCUUGACUCAGUAGCAGAGAGCGGCCACCACUUUGCCAUUCGUAGCGCCUCAGCGGCGCUGUCACAGCGUGGUUUGCUUCUUGAACAGCUGUCGGGGUUGACGCAAGUUGAGGCGAGUGCCCGGAUGUUGGAAGCUGCCCGAAGUGAUCCUGCAUCAAUUGACAGCAUCAUCGCCAAGUUGAAGCAGAUUCAAUCACUGGUCGCUUCUAACACGGCCAAUUUCUCAAUGCGUGUGGUGUGCGAGCCUGAUUCGGUAUCUGCCAACAUCAAUCAUUUGAAGUCCUUCCUUACUAAUUUACCGGAUGGGUCGGCAUCGAAGAAGCUUCAAGCGAGUGGCGCCGUACCUGGCUCGUUACUUUCGCGCCGAGCUUUCUUUGACCUGCCGUUUCAGGUAUCCUACACCGGAACCUGUCUCGACACCGCUCCGUACUCGUCGCCGGACAAGGCUCCUCUGAUGAUUCUGGGGCAGCUUCUGACGCAUGGCUUCAUGCAUCCAGAAGUACGCGAGAAGGGCGGAGCCUAUGGAGGUUCAGCCGGCGCCAGCGAAAUAAGCUCUCUUUUCACGAUGUCCUCUUACCGCGAUCCCAAUCCUCGUAACACCACCACCAUAUUUGAACGAGCUGGCAUUUUUGCCCUUGACCGCUCGUGGACACCUCGUGAACUCGAGGAGAGCAAGCUUGGGCUCUUUCAACAGAUCGAUGCGCCAACGAGUGUCAAUAGUGACGGCAGCAGAGAGUUCUCAUUCGGCAUCACUGAAGAAAUGGAGCAACAACUACGCGAGCGCUUGCUCGAUGUCACCAAGGAUGAUGUUCAGCGAGUUGCUCAGCAGUACUUGGUAGAACUACCCGAGAACAGGCGUUCGACUUGCAUCCUUGGUGAGAAGAAGGAAUGGAUCGGCCAGGACCCGAAACCCUGGCAGAUACGCCACCUCAAGAUGGCCGCCGACGAGACGAUCUGA